AUGAACCGUGGAGAAUACCGUUCAAAACAUCAAGUGUACUCCAAAUGGGGGAAGAUGAACAAGGAAGUCAUGUUGUUUAAUGACUUGUGGAACAACAUGAAACGUCAAUGGAAAAGUGGAGAAAGUGAUGAAGUCAUUUUGAAGAAAGCCUUGAAAGUGUAUCAAAAAGAAAAUCUGAAGACUUUCAAGUUUCUUGAAGUUUGGAAUUUUUUGAAAGAUAACAGGAAAUGGCUGAGUAGCAAAACAUCUGACCAACAUAUCGACAGUGGGUCAAAACGCAGCAGAACAUCUGAGUCCGACCACACUACAUCAGAUGCUCGUGUUCAGUUUGAUCUGAACGAAGAUGAACCUGUUCCAGUUUCACCACCUUCCCGGCCAUUGGGAAGAGACAAAUCAAAAAGCAAAGGCAAAGGCAAAGCGUCGGAUUCAGAUGAUUUGAAAGAAAUGGGAACCGACAUGAAGGAUAUAAAAGAGAGAAUGGACAAGAUUUUGAAAAUUGCUUCUGAAAGAGAGCUUCGGAAACAAAGGGAGAGCGACAUGCGAAUACUAGCAAUGGACACGUCGAAUAUGACCGGGGCCGAGCUUGAAGUGGUUUUGGCGAUGAAGGAGGAAGUGAAAAAUCGUUACAUGACUCGUGGCUAA